AUGCCGGUCCUCCACGCCCUGCGCAAUGAGAUCUUGUUGGGCAGUCAACUCAACCAUUCCUGCUUGUUAAAUGUUUUUGGGGUGGCCGAGGAUAACGAUUGCGUGUAUUUGGUUAUGGAUCUCGCGGAAAACGGCAAUUUGGCGGAUUAUUUAACCCAAUACGGCGUCGAGAAUACGCGGGCUAUGGCGCCUCGCCUGUUGGCGGAUGUCGUCUUGGCGCUCGAGCACCUCGGGGAUGGCCGGCAGCAUGUAUACCGCAAAACCACCUCGCCGACAAACUCCCCGAUGCCGCCUUCAACGGGCUUGGCGGGGAAAGGGGCGGAGGAGAAUUUUUCUAGCCCUUUUGAGCGGGAUGUUCAUCCCCCCACGCCGGAUUCGGUAUUGCCGGGCGAAUUCGAAAAGGCCCCAACGGAGCAGGAGCAGUCCUGGAAGGAUAGCAUCAUCCAACAUCGCGAUCUCAAACCGGAGAAUAUGCUGCUGACGUGGGAUUUUCAUGUCAAAAUCGCCGACUUUGGGAGCUCCUGCUAUUUGGGGGAUCACGACUUAAAUCGUUUCGGCGGAUCCCCCGCCUACAUUUCCCCAGAAGUGAUUAUUGAAAAUAAGGCCGGCCCGUAUAGCGACUUAUGGGCCCUGGGGUGUGUGUUGUACGAGCUGAUGCAGGGGGUUUCGCCCUUUAAGUGCAACACCGCGUUCUGCACGACGCAGAAGAUCAAAAAAUUCCAGGCCGGGACGUUGGCCUUUCCCCGCGCGAUUGACCCUGAGGCGCGGGACUUGGUGGAGCGAUUACUUCAGCCCAACCCGUCCGAUCGCAUUGGGGCGGCGGAGCAGGGUGGGUUUGCGGCCUUAAAAGACCAUCCUUUUUUUCGCGCAAUUCACUGGGAUUCGGUACUGCGGGUGGCGAAUUUGACGCCAAACAACACCGAUUACCCCAUGGAGCUCGCGGGGCACCUUAUGGAGACGGAAAAGGUGAUUGAUUGCACCCCGGUCGAGCCCUUGGAGGCCUUUUCGAUGCCCCCGUUCUUUGCCGAGGACCAUUUUGGCUGUUUGGGGCUUUUAAUGUUGACCGAUUUUCCGCGGUUGGUGUUGGUGAUGCCCUGCCAGGAAAUCUCUUUUACGAUGCCGUGGUCGAGCAAACUCCGGGUGGAGGUGGAGGGGGGGGGGGAGGUGUUGGCGAUCUGGGCCCCGCCCCUUUCUCACCCGCUUCGCCUGCGCAAUCUUGGCGGGCGGUCGGAGGAAUGGCAGAUGAAAACGAGCGAUUGGACCCGGCGAUCCACCACGCGGAGCCCAACGAAGAGCUCGGCCCACCACCACGACCCCACCGCGGCGAAAACCCCAGGCCGGCGGAGAAAAUUGCUCCGUCAAAUCCGCUCCGCGCGGGGUUGCCGAAAAGGCUUUCUGGUCCAUCGAUUUCCCCCCUUCGUCUCGCCGACGACGCCGUUGUGA